UACAUCCGCGCCAUCUGUAUAUCCGGUUCAAAAUUCGGAAGAAAAUGAUCGCCAUCUUAUAGAAGACCGAAAACGAUCGUUAGGAAAUCCACGGCCAUCUCUCUUUAGGCUUGGUCUUUGCUCAAGCUUUACGAUGAGCCACGGCCAGGGAGUACCGUGCUCUGCAGGGCCGGCUGCGGUGCCUUAUCUUGGAAGUAAAAUAAGCUUGAUAUCCAAAGCUGAAAUUCGUUAUGAAGGAACUCUCUACACAAUCGACCCGAAAGAAGCUACUGUAGCUCUCGCCAAAGUGCGGUCAUUUGGAACAGAAGAUCGUCCCACGGACCGCCCGUUGCCAGCAAGAAAUGAGGUCUUUGAGUUCAUUAUUUUCCGUGGGCUUGACAUUAAGGAUCUCCAUGUUUGUGAGCCGCCUAAGCCACAGCCUACUGAAGGUGUUCCUCUUGAUCCUGCCAUUGUUAAGUCAUCGCAACCUCCUCCUGGGCCGGCUGGUGCUGCUUUUCCAGGUGCUGCAGGCUUCCCACCUGGUCAGAUGUACCAGCCUUUUGGCCAGCAUGUGUACUUUGGUGGCCAAGGCCAGCCGUCAUCAAACUUCAGCAUGCCACCACCUCAAGGGCAACCUGGCUCCCCAAGAGAUCAGUCUCCUGGAAUUGACCCAUCUAGUGAACAGAUGCCUCGUCCCCCGGUUUCGGCUAUUGGUACAAGACCUGUCGCUGGCUCCCAGAGCUCCACCCCACCAUUGAGUAGGAAAUCGCCAACUUCUGACCAGGGGGUGCAGGUGCAGCCUAGCAGCCCAGAAAAGUCUUCUGGUGAUAGCCAGCAGCAUAUUCGUCCUAUUCAUCCUCAUCAGCAGCAUCACCAGCACCCACGAGGCCAACCCAUGCGCAGGGGAAGUGCCGGCAGUGGUGGUGGGGGAGGUGCUCAUCGCAUGGACCAUCGGGAUCGCGGGGAUCCUAGGAAUGAAAGAGGACCGUCUGCGUCAUACUCAAGAGGAAGAAGUAGUAAUGGAGGUCAGAUGAGGGGUGGACCUCCUCGUGGUGGGCAAAGGAAUGUUCAACGUGGUCAAGGUCAGCGUGGAGGAAGAUCAGCAGAGCCUCUGAAGUUUGACACCGAUUUUGAUUUUGAGACAUCCAAUGCUCAGUUUGCUAAGGAUGAUAUUGAAAAGGAAUUGAAGUUGAAGAACUUGUCUUUAAAUGACAAGUCUGUAAACGGUGACAACAACAAAGGAGAGGAAGAUCCAGAGGUGGAAGAGGAUGAAGGAGAGGAGGAUGAGGAUGAUCCUAUUUUCUACGACAAGAAGAAAUCAUUUUUUGAUAACAUUAGUUGUGAAGCCACAGAGAGAUCAAAGGGGCACAGACAUUCAUGGAGAGAGGAACGCAAGCUGAACAGUGAAACGUUUGGUAUUUCUGAAAACUUCCGUCGCAAUUAUCGUGGCAGGGGCAACUGGCGUGGUGGUAACAUGCGAGGAGGUUGGCGCGGACGUGGUCGAGGCGGUGGCUACAACAGGGAAGGGGGCUAUUACGGCGGUAACCGAGGUGGUCGGGGAAGGAGACCUCAGUGGGAUUUUGACAAUGACAGAAGGAGAAUGGAUGGCCCACAAAGGGUUGAAGUCAAAUCAUAGCUAGCGGUCUCAAUAAACCCAUGAUGUCAUGACGAGAUGUGAGAUAUGCCUCAGUUGCCUGGCAUGAGUGGCUACAAUAUUGGACAGGAGUGUUCUACUUGAAAUACAGACAAAGCAGGGACCGGCUGAUGCAGCAGAUAAGACUGUACUGUCUUGGUUUUUGGUUGCUGAAUAACCUCAGGCAGCUGUUGUGGUUUCUCGAACAAUAUUAAUUGGUUACUCAGUGACUGGAAAUGUAGCAAAUUUAUGGAUGUCAACAGGUUUGUUAGAUCAGGUGGUUGCUGUGUUCUAAAAUCUAGAAGAGAUGACUCUGGAGCGCCAUUCAUGCAAUGAUUUCUGUCUUAGUGCUUAACCUUGGAUGUAUAGAUUCAUCACAGGUGUUUGUUUCUUCCUCCUGCUUUUGUUUUGAUUUGUUGAGUGUCAGAGACAAGUGUGGUGGGGCCAGCUGCCUGAAGCAGCCAUUGUUCUAGUAAGUGCAACUGGUUCUCUCUUGUACAUAAUGGCAAGCAAUGUGUUCAUCUUGUGUUAGCUUUCUUAUAAAUGAUAUCUGUGAAUUGUAGAGAUCACUUUUUUUUUUCUGUCCCUCUCAAAAGAGUUUUCUCUCUCUCUUUCUUUCUCUCCAUCCCUGUUGUUUGUCAAGUUUCACCAAGAGGGUUUUAAAAGAUGUUACAUUUCUGUUAUUUAUAUGGUACCUUUGUUAUUAAUUGUGUGGCAAACUUAUUUAUGAUUAAAGCAAAUCAAAACUUUUGUGCUCAGUGGUAAGCGGGCAAGAAUACCUAGAUUGUUUUGUGGGGGUUUUUUUCUUAAUCCAAAUUGUCUUUUUUGAAUGAUUGGCAAAAUUUGUUAUGAGUGUAUUUGAAGACCCACGGCAUUGCUUGAAAGAUGUAAUACAAAACAUUUUGACCUAAGAAGCAAGUAAUUAGUACGGUAGUACCUUUAGACACAGAAGGGCAUUUAUUCUGUCUGUCCUUUGGGAAUGCUACGUUAUAUUGUUCCUUUGUUAUUGUUUCUAUUACACGUGUUUAAAAUAGAAUCCUAAAACAUAGAUUGUCUCUUUUGAUACCAGAGUAUUUUAUGGAGAAAUUGAAUUUGCCAUUUCUAUUAAUAAUUAGGUGCCCCACUUGAAUGAGCAGCAAAAUAUGUUUUGAUAAACAUUUCUUUCUUCCCCCCCCCCCAAAAGAAUUUGAAAAGUUUACUCCAAAUGUGCCGUAUCAAAAGUAGUUUUGAUAUUGAAUUAUACAGUAAUUGUUAGCAUGUAUGUUGUGUGUCACUGGCUGAUAGUUCUUUCUAAAUUCAAACUCGCCACUUGUUCCACCGUUAGACAUGUUGGGAUGGGGUGACAUUCAUUUAGCAAAAAUAUUAUGUACGCAAUUUGUGUGUAAUGGUGGCGGUACUUGCUUUUUGGUUAGUGUGUGGAGGCUCUGGUGAGAGACUUGGUAGUCAAGGAUACAAAACAGUGAUUGGAAUUUCAUUAUUAAAUGGUUUUGCAUAUUUGGCUUUUAGACUGAUAUGGGCACUGCUGAAAUUAUCAAAUGUUUUUGUUUGCUGACUCACGCCAAGUUUGUGCACAUGUAAUACAAGUGAAUGUAUGCCAUCUUUUGCAACAGGGAGAAGGUAUCUGUCUGAACCUUGAAGUUUGUCAGAGAAGUUGUUUGACAGCCCAGAGGGUUAUGAUUUCUAUUGUUGUUUUUCUUUGUUUUGUUGUAUAGACUUGUUAAAGUUGUUCCCAUUGACUGAAGCAGCCAAGUUCUAGUAAGCUUUGGGGCAGCAAUGUGAUAAUAUAAGUGAGGCCUCUCGCCUCUUUGUUCGUUUUCUCCCUUUUCAUUCUUCUACAUAGGUCAUAAGUGAUACAGGUUUGUGUGGCAAGGUUUAAUUGAUGCUGCACAGUUCAAAUCUAUUCGGUAAUGUUUAAGCAGACGUCUUAUCAGUAUUGUCUUCCAAGUAGAAUUACUGAUCUUUGAAUUAAGGUAUCAUUGAAAUUGUUUUUGUUUUUUCUUUUGUGAGGGGAGGGACUAGGGUCAGGUGACAGUAAUUCCAUCAUGUGCGAAAUUUUCAUCUGUCACAUCAAACUUUCAUUGUUGCACAAGUUUUAAAAUUUAUGCCCAAGCUUGAUUAUUUUUUUAUUUAUUUUUUUCAUUUUGGCUUCAGUCCCUGUGUUUGGUGUCCAUGGCCUUAAAACCAUUGUUGACUCGUGAAAUAUCAUUUGUGGAGUUUUAGUGACUGCAAAAUGUAUACAAGUCAUAUGAGAACAAGUGUGCAUGCCUUUGCUGCUUUACUUGUAUGUUUGAUAUUAUAUGUUAAUGGAAAAUAAUAAACAUCAUAUUCCAAUGAAUUAGUUGCCAGCACCACAUUUUGCAAAAUAAAUUAUGGUAGUUUUAUUCAGGAUUCCAGGGGUAAACGUUAAAAUUGUCAACUUUAGCUAUUGGAAAACAUAACCUUUUAUGAUUUCUUUUGAGGAGAGACUAAUGUGGCUGACUGCAAAGCAGUUUAAGUUCAUGAUGUACCUUACUUUUUAAUUUUGCGUCUGUGUUAAUUAGCAGUAUAUUGUUAGGUGUGCUUGUGGUAAAUCUAGUUUUUGCAUUAAAUAUUUGGUAGAUCAAAGGGCUUGUUCUUGGCAAUGUAAUGUUUUCUCAGGGUCCCGCUAUGUAAGAAAUUCCUAUGUGCUAGGUUGUUGGGUUGUUGUUGUUUUUUUUUGGGGGGGGGGGCCCUCUCCUGGGAACAGAUUCAUGAUUCUUAUCUUGUAGACAUGUUUUCGGGUUUUCUGUUCCUUUCUUUACCAGUUGGAAUGUAGGCUUUGUGUAUCAAGGGUGGGAUUAGUAGAUGGUUAGAUGGAUGUAAUACCCAAUUCGUGUGUUGGGGGAGGGGGUAACAUAAAAGGCUUGUGUUAGAUAUCGUGUGAUAUUUGGGGGGGGGGGGGUUCCAGAAGUUCCCAGCUUUUAGAGCAUGUCAAAGAAGGGUUGGGUGUGGAAUUCUGUCUUAAGUGAAUAAGACUUGGGUUGUUGGGUUUUUUUUAAGAAAUGCAAACAAAUGUAUGUAUCCUUUGUGGGCGCCUGUAUUAUUUGAUAUAGGGUUGGGUUGUUGUUGUUUUGUUUUGGGUUUUUUAAAGUAAAUUUUCUUUCUGAAAUGUAAGGGUCUCUGUUAACAGGUACUAGAGCACUGAAUGUUUAAGUAUAGAUUCUAUUUCUAUCGGUGAGGGAAGGAUUUAGACUUGAUGUGUGCAGAAUAAAAACUUGUCUUUACUCAAAUAGAGCUAACACUAAGUCUCAAUGUGUGCUUUUUUUUUUUUCCAAGGUCCCAAGGCCAAGUUAUACUUUCCUUAUAGUGCAGCUGCAAACACCGUUUUUCUGGUCCAAAGGGCCAUAAAAAGAGCAGCAGCUGCAAACACCCUUUUUUCUGGUAUAAAGGGCAGCUGCAAACACCCUUUUUCUGGUUCAAAAGGCGUAACAUUGUGUAGGUUUUAACUGAACCGCCAUGGCUAUAUAUUUGAAUUUCAAUCAUACGGUAGCUGUCACAAUCACAAGUUUGUUUCACCCUGGUAGCUGAGUGAUGCAUUUCUGGAAGCUGUCUGUCCACAUGUGACUUCUUUGUUGGCAGUGACAGAGAGAACGAAACCACUGAUGAUGGGUCGAUAUCUGUCUGCUGUUUGUUGUUCUCACCCUGAGGGUUUGAGCAGCAUUGGUGUAAUCAGCAGACGUUAUCACCUGUCUGCUCUGCUUAAUUAAACCUUGUCCAAUAAAAUUUAUAUUGUUGAUUUCA